GAAUACACCCUGCAUUAAGGUUUCUGUUAUUUCUUUCCCCCAAACCCCCGGAAAUCUUAAACCCUGAAAAACCCUUGGAAACUAAAGGGAGAAAUUGAAAACCGAGAAGGAAGAAGAAGAUGGGGAAGCUUGGGAAGAAAGCCAGGAAAUUUGCGAAGAAGAAUCUCCAAUCCGUGCUUCGGCAAAGAAGGAAGAACAAAGCCUUUUUGUCCAAGAAGAAAUCAUACUCCAGAAAUGAUGGGGAUGAUGUGGAAGACCAACCUGGCAACACAGUAGAGCUCUGUAGUGGAAGAAAUGACAAUGAUGAAGAUAUUGUAAAUGCUUCUCUUGAUGCCGUGUUCAGAAAAGACGACACUGAUGUGUUUGGAGAUAUCUCAGAUAGUGAUGGAUAUCUAUCAGAGGACUCCAGCUGUCCAAAGAAUGAAGGAAGUGCAAUGGAAGAUUUUCUGGAGGAGGACGGAGGUGAAGGCGAGCUAUCGCUGCAAAAUAAAGAGAUCCGCAAGGAGCUCGCCAUUCAAAAGAAAAAACUGGAGCUAUUACAGAAGAAGGAUCCAGAUUUCAGUAAGUUCCUGCAAAGUUACAAAGAUACAGAAAAUUCUCGGGGGGAUGUCAACAAGUUCUCUGAUGAAGAUGAAAGUGAAAAUGAAAAUGAUGUUGCGGAAGGCCAUAGCAAGUUUCUUACAAGCGCUGAGAUCUACUCGUGGUGCCAAAUGGUUAAGGAACAGAAUAGCAACCCUGCUCUUACUUGUCUACUUAAUGCUUAUCGAGCAGCUUGUCACUAUGGAGCUGAAUCAUCUGGUCAUCGAAUUCAAAACCGUGAGGCCUUUUGCAGCAUAGUUGUAUUCGUUCUUUCUGAGGUUGAUAAUGUUUUUAGGAGUCAACUGCAGUUAUCUGCCAAGAGUUGCAAGAAGGAAACGUUGAAUGAGCUGAAGAACUCCGCAAAGUGGAAGAAGUUAAAGCCACUUGUUAAGUCUUACUUGAGGAGUACCCUAUUUCUGUUGAAUCAAGUGGCCGAUUCUGAUAUUCUGGUGUUUGCUUUGAGCCGACUAAAAGCUUCUCUGAUGUUCUUUACAUUUUUCCCGACACUACUUCAUAGGCUCAUUAAGAUCACCGUCAGUUUGUGGGCAACUGGUGGUGAUGUUCUUUCCGCAGCUUCCUUUCUUAUUGUACGAGACGUGGCUGCUAUAUUUAGUGAUUAUUUGGAGACUUGCUUAGCUAAAACUUUCGUGGCUUAUAUGGAUCAUUGCAGAGCUUCUGAAAGUGGUACCAUGAGAAACACACAGUUUUUUUCAGAUAGCAUUGUUGAGCUUUGUUCUUUGGAUGUACCAAAAUCAUCUUUCAAAGUACAAGCUUCUAUUUCUCAACUUUCCAAAAUAGUGCAGUCGGGAAUGCAAACAAAGAAGAAGGAAGCUCUCAAAAAGAUAUGCAGUUGGGAGUUUGUGAACUGCAUUGAUCUUUGGGUUAAGUUCGUAACGGCCAAUCUACAAGAGUUUGACCUUCAGGCUCUGUUGUUCAGGACAAUUCAGCUUGUAAAUGGAGUUGCCUGCAUAUUCACUGGACCAAGAUAUCUGCCCUUGAGAAUCAAGUGCAUUCAGUGGCUUAAUAAUCUCUCAACUUCAAGUGGCAUUUUUGUUCCUGUUGCAUCUUACGUUUUGGAUGUGUUAGAAUACAAAACUGUCAAAGACAGAAACUCUGAAGUUUCUUUAGGCCUAUCAAAUACCCUUAAGUUACCAAAGAGUUUUGUAAAAUCACAAGCCUUCCAAGAGGAAUGCCUUUUAUUUGUGAUUGAGCAGCUUUGUGUACAUUUCGCUCAGUGGAGUUAUCACAUUUCUUUUCCAGAGUUAGCAACUAUUCCCCUUAUUCGCUUAAGGAAGUUUCACGAUAACACCUCUAAUGAAGGUCAUCGCCGUUUGGUUAAGCGCUUCAUUGACCAGGUUGAGCAUAAUGUGGAUUUUGUUCAGAAAAGAAGAGAUGAAGUGGCUUUUUCACCAAACGAUCAUCAAUCCGUCGAACAGUUUCUCCUGUUUGCUCUCAAUUCAUGGGUCUAUUAAUCCGCAGCUGGAGAAGUCCGGGAAAGAUGCUCCAUUUACUCAAUUCUACAGGAGCACCAUGGAAAAAGCUGCUCUAAGAGCUUCAUGCAAGAAGGAUAAGAUAAGCAUGCUGAAGCAAAAAGCUUUAAAGUUGGAACAAGAUCAACUCACAGGAGGACUGGCAAAUGAACGUUUGAGCUCUGAUUCAGCCAAUAAAGUUGUUGACGAUGGAACAUCUAGUUUAAGGAGGAAACAAAAGCGAGCUGUUGACAGUGGAACAUCUAGUUUAAGGAGGAAACAAAAGCGAGCACGACAAGUGUGAAGAUGGUAGUAUAUGCGCUUCUCUUGGGGAAAAAGAAUUGCUAUUGAUUUCAUAAAAUUGAUUCUUAUUUAGAGCUGUGGAGGUGACAUUUGAGACGGUGUAUUUACACUGGCCAAUUUUGGAGUUUCUUUAAUGAGAUUCUCUCUUAGCUGCGUUUAAGUUUUGCUAAAUGAGAUUCUUUUGCAGUUCAUCCGAAG